GUGACCUGAUCCUCAGCAUCAACGGCAAGCCCGUAACAAAGCCACACGAGGUGGAGAGAGAGAUGCGGAAGUGCCACAUUGCGCAGUCCGAGGUGAAAUCCAUGUCUUGGCGCGUGCAGCGGUCGCGGCAACCCGUUGACCUCGACUUGAAGCCAACAUUGCUGCAUUCCGAUGGUACGGAACACAUCGUUGUCUUCAACGGCGUAGUCCUUCGACCCACGCCCCGUGCCGUUGCCGAGCGCGGCGGACCAAACCUACCCUUCACACGACCAGGGCAG